AUGUUUCAGGAGCGGGCCGCGCAGGCGGUGGCGGAGGCGGCAAACAGUGCGGUGUUCGUGGAGCCGCGGCGGUGGAAGGUGCUGCAGCUGGCAGGUUGGGGCGACACGAGGCUACCAAGUGGCCAGCCCCUGUGGAGCAUCGACAAGGAGGGCUGCUGCGUUUGGAUGGGUGGGCUGGGUGGCUUGGCGCACGACGUGCUGAAGCACUUCCUGGCAUCCACCAAGGGCCAGUUCGAGGCGGUCGUGGCUUUCAGCCCCACUGGAUGGACCUGGACCAAGGCCAUGGCCCAGAACGCGUGUGCUGGGUGCCGUUGCUGGAUGGAGAACGAGGGGCGUACGCGGGUCUACAGCGUACCUUAUAGUGAGCACUCCUCGUAUGAGGAGCUGCUGGCUUUGGUGAAUGGCCUGCGCCCCAAACGCCUCAUCCCCACGGUGAACUCUGAGACGAGGGAGAGCAAGGAGCGUAUGAUGGCACCCUUCCUGGAGUUGCUGGAUCUGAAGGGCGACCGUGAGCGUAUGGAUCACUACCUCUAUGGCAGCUCCAGUUCCAGUUGCAAGCUGGAGGCUGAGGACUCUUUUGUGGACGUGCUCUCCCUCAGUACCGCGUGCAAAGCAGAAGUGCUGAGGACGCCUUCGGCCCCGUCGAAGCCUGCGCCGAAGCUUUGGCGGGGCUUUCGGCUGGCACGUCAGCCCAGGCCAAAGGCCGUGGAUUUGGACUCCGAGGACUCCACCACGGCGGGAGGCUCCUCCAGCUCUUCCCCCAAGGCAACUUGCCCCGCGCCGAGCCAGCUGUCCGGAGCUCUGGCCAAGCGACGUUUGGUGGUGGACCUUGAUUCAGAGGAGGCCGCCCCCGCCCCGAGCGCCGGGGCUUCCGCGGCGGAGUCGCCGGCCGCGGAGGAGUUGCCGACGGCGCUGGAUGAUCUGCGGUGCGUGGACCUGGAUCUGCAGAAGAGGCUGCUCCGCUUUUUCGAGUCGGCGAAGGCCCCGGAGGCUCCAAAGGCGGGCCUGAAGAAGCCGAAGCAGCCAAAAUCAAAGGGCAAGGGCAAGGGCAAGUCCAAAUCGGAAUCCCAGGCGCCGGUGCUCAAGCAUUUGGGUGUAAGACCCAAAGAGGAGCCCAAGCCGAAGAAGCGGCGCGCCGCGAAGCCUUCGGCGCGCACUGGGAGGGAGAAGCGGACGAAGACGGAGUCCACAGCGGCAGACCCCAAGCAGCCCGGCGAGAAGCGCCCGGCGCGCUUCGUGCCCAAGCCCAGCGCACGUGUGCAGGAGCGCAUCGACCGCGCGUUUGGGCACCGGCUCUACUUCCUCGCCCGGGCGCCGGCGGAGGGCGGCGAGAAGCUGGACGUCCUGGGCAGCACUGGCAAUGUGUACCACGUAGAGCUGCGGUCGCAGGGUAACGCCUGCUCCUGCCUGGAUUUCGCCAAGGGCGGGGGCGUGUGCAAGCACCUGCUCUUCGUCAUGCUGCGGGUGCUGAAGCUGGCCCGUGACGACCACCGGGUGUGGCAAAGUGGGCUCACGGAAUCGGAGCUGCAGCCGCUCCUGUCCGCGCUGCGCAGCUCCGACUUCCAAGGGGUGCAGGCUGACGCCACUGUGAUGAGAGGCUAUCAGCAGGCCGCGGGCGGCGGCGGAGGCGCCGCCCGGCAGCCGCUUCCGGCGGACUGCCCCAUCUGCUUCGAGGAGAUCUUGUCGGAGAGCGGGGCCAGCGAUUUCUGCCGGGUGUGCGGCCACAACCUCCACACCGACUGCCAGCGGCGUUGGGCCGCCUCCGGGAAUUGCGGCGACACCUGCCCGAUGUGCCGCAGCCCCUGGAGCGCCCAGCAGGCUACAGAGGGGCCGAUGAACCUGGCGGCAUUCUCCUCGGAGCACCGGGAGGUGAAUCUGGCCAGUCUCUACCCGGAGACGCAUCGCUGGAUCCGCCGCCGUGACGAAACCUGA